AUUAUGACAUAAGUUAAUUUCAUUUAACUCUGGCUCGACUUUUACACUGCCCUCGCUAGGCUGCGAACAGGCGAAAGCUCCAGACAGCUCUAAUGAGGUCCUUUUCUCCCCGAGGUUCUCAGUAGCUCCUCCCCCUCCCAGCCCGCCUCUUCCCGUGGGCGGGGUUACUGGUCGGCGCGGCCGGGACGCGUCACUGCGCAGCCGCGAGAGGGCGGUACCACGGCGGCUGCGACAUGGGGGGGCGCGGAGCAGACGCCGGAAGUAGCAGUGGUACGGGUCCCACCGAGGGGUACUUACCACCGGCAGAGUCCACCCGUGCCGCGGCGAGAGCCAAGGCCCGACGGGGUGGGCGUGGCGGCCGCCAAAACACCACACCCUCGGCCCCCUCUUCUCGCGGAGCGCCUCCUCGUCGCUCCCCUCCACCGGCUGCCAUGAGCGAGCGCCUCCGCCCCAGGAAAAGGAGAAGGAAUGGCAAUGAGGAGGACCACCCUCUGCCCCCACAGACCAAAAGGAGCAGCAGAAACCCUGUCUUUCACGAUUCCUGGGACACAGAGACACUACCUGUAACGAAAAACAAAGAAAACAGACUAAGAGGAAACAAAGUUUUCUGCGCGUCUUCAAGCAGUGACAGUGGCGGGAGCAGCAGCAGCAGCAGCAGCAGUAUCAACAGCCCGGACAGGGCCAGUGGGCCAGAAAGCAGCUUGAACCACAUCGUCACCGGGUCCAGCCCCAACACCCCUCAGCCCGCACCCGAGCAGUCUGCACUAUGCCAAGGCCUUUACUUCCACAUCAACCAGACCCUGAAGGAGGCCCACUUUCAUAGCCUUCAGCACCGAGGCCGGCCUCCAACAUGAUGGGCUGGCGGUUUCUUGCCUUCUGUGAAGGGACAGUGCUGUGCAGAUUUGAUAUUUCAUCUUACGAUGUUUUAAAAAAUUGCACAAAAAAUGCCUGUUGGCUUUUCAGUCUAUAUUUGAAAUAACAGGUUAACAGGCAGUUGUUUACUUGUGGUUUUGCUGCACUAUUGCAAUUUUAAAGGGGCUUUGAAGCAAUUUUUUAUAGGAUUCUUUUGAGGGUGGGUAUCCAAUCCAUGUCAAGGUAAUGGUAUAAGGAAAUCUCAUCUGCGUGUUGAGUCCAUAGUUUGUCCAGUUCAGAUUGAUUUCCAAAUCUGUCAAUUAGAAAUUCUACUUUAUGUAAAAAGGCCUUUUAAAAAUGCGGGAUCUUCAAUUUUUUAAAUUCAAUAAACUAGUAAAGAGUA